GAGGAGGGUCAGGGAGAGAGAGAGAGCGGGGGAAAGGGCAUGAUGACACAGCGAGAGCGAGAGAGCUAAGCUUUAAGAUUUAUUGAAGAUUUGCAUGAGAGUGGUGAAUGGGCGGUGCUUUGGCGUGAUUCUCGAUGGAUCCAUUUGCAACUCGAAUAAUAAUGUGAAUGAUAUCCACUUCUCGAGUGACGUGCAGGUGGGGUGGGUUGCUCACCAAGUUUGAAAGAGUUCACCUUGCUUGGAGGCAGGGCAGGGCAGGGAAGGAAGGAGGAGUGUGUGGAAGGUCAGGGUGUGUGUGUGAGUGAGUGAAUGUGAGCGAGAGAGAGAGAGAGAGUGGUGGUAGCUGGCCGAUGAGAUUGGUUGCGGUGGGAGAAGGAUUUGCAGGGCGGGAGUGGUGGUUGGAGAGGCGAGAAGUGUGAUUGAUGACGAGAGUUGGGGGGAAUUGGGUGACGUGGUGGAUUGGUCGGUAAGGGGGAAAGGGAGCGAGGGGGAAAGAGAGAGAGAGAGAGAGGGAGGGAGAAGUGCGCAAUUGGGUGAGGAGUGUAGAGGAUGUGAGGAGGAAGAGUUGGAGACAUGCAGAGCAUUUUCUCUGGCUCCGGUGCGGUUGCAAGAAGUAGCUCUCGGCGGAGCGCCAUGACGUGGAGUAGGAUUGCGGGGAACUUGCAGGCGCUGGCCGCGCACAGCUUUCUCCUAUGCUUCACGUGCCUGAUUAUUGUCAAGGUCACUUCGUAUUUCUACAUUUCUUGGUGGUGGGUGUUUGUCCCACUGUGGAUGUUCCAUGGAAUUGUUGCGCGAGGCCGGUUUUCUCUACCUGCUCCUACACCUCCGCACGAUCGACGUUGGUCUCCAUGUCACACGGUGGUCGCGAUUCCUCUGCUAAUUGCAUUCGAGCUUCUGCUUUGCACUUACCUUGAUACUCUAGAAGGACGGGAUAUGUCAGCUAUUAGCUUGAAGAUCGUCUUUCUUCCAUUGCUCGCCUUCCAAGCCAUCAUCCUGAUUGACAACUUUAGGAUGUGCAGAGCACUUAUGCCGGGUGAUGAGGAGAGCAUGACGGAUGAAGCUAUUUGGGAAACCCUUCCACAUUUUUGGGUUGCAGUUUCCAUGGUCUUCUUCAUGGCGGCAUCUAUAUUCACUCUCCUCAAACUUAGUGGAGAUGUGGAAGGUCUAGGUUGGUGGGACUUAUUCAUUAACUUUGGCAUUGCUGAGUGUUUUGCAUUUUUAGUAUGCACCAAGUGGUCGAAUCCUAUUAUACAACACGAAGGGUCUCUCCAGAUAGGACCUGGGGGCCUUCCUACCUAUGUUUCACAGCCCUCGUUCAGACCAACGGAGAGUGCAGAUGAUGGAAGCACAUCUAGAACUGACGAGGAUGACAGUGCGGACGGUAUGUGUGGACGUCAAGAUUUAGGCGGUCACUUACUCAAGAUCCCCAUUCUUCUAUUUCAGAUUUUACUGUGUAUGAAGCUGGAGGGUACUCCAGAAAAGGCACGGGAUAUUCCUGUGAUAUUGCUGUUCUCACCAUUGCUACUAGUUCAAUGUAUCGCUGUUUUCUGUGCGUUAUUGAGGCUCCUGGAACAGAUGUGGUUUAUGUUUCGUCUUUCCGACAGUAAUGGCUCCCGACAACUAGCCUAUUUUGCAAAAGCAGAUGAUUGUUGCGGUUUCCUUCAUCAUGGGUCUCGGUUUCUUGCUUGGUGGUCAAUAGACGAGUCCAGCAGGGAAGAACAUGCACGCCUGUAUCAGUCAGAAGCCACAAGUUACGAUACUUUUCCUGGUUUCCCGCCAGAAGUGGUAAAGAAGAUGGCUAGGAAAGACCUAACAGAUGAGGUUUGGAGAUUGCAAGCAGCCUUGGUGGAGCAGACAGAAAUAACCAAACAUCAGCAGCAAGAAUAUGAUCGCCUAAAUAAUGAGAAAGUGCUGUGCCGAGUAUGUUUUGAGAGGGACAUUGCCGUAGUUCUCAUACCUUGCCGACAUCGUAUUUUAUGCAGGUGGGUUAGGUUGCUCAACAGCUUAACUUAUUCUUUAUGAACUUUACGUCUACAGCUUCUGUUCGGAGAAGUGCAAGCACUGCCCAGUUUGUCGCAACACAAUUCUGGAGCGGAUGUCUGUGUUUGAUGUGUGAAUAUUUUUAGUCGUGAGUCAUCCACUCCUUGUGGAACGCAUUUGAAAGUCUGGCAGAAGGUUAGAGUGCCUGGGUUCCCCUGUACAUUUAGAAGCUUCUAAAUCCUUAGAAGGAUUGAUCAAAAGUAGUCAUGCCUUCGAAACUCAAAUAGGUGUUAAACCAGUGUAUUUGGAGCGGAUUCACAAAGGGGUAGUAAUGUCAAAGAGUAACAUAAUUGACCAUUGAUGAUUAGGUGUAAAAUAUUCUAUGUUAGGUUCAUCAACUUUGCUGGCAUGCUUUAGCAAUGAUUCAGAGGCUUGCAGCAUUGUUAAUAUAUUAGAUCUUAUACCGGUAACUUUCUGUGCCGAGUUCUGCCAAAUUUUCUUUCUCUGUUUCAUUGCAAAUUUUGUAUAACCGACACUAAAGUAUUUUUCGAAUCGUUAAUAAUAAAAGUUACCAAAGUUGUGACUCCUGAAUGGAGUGACUGCAUUAUUUGCCAUUCUAAA